UCAUUCCCACAUAUCAUCAAAAACCCAUUUUAUUUUAUUUUCUUUUUCUUUUUCUUCUGCUUCUACUUCUCUUCUAUUUCUUUUUCUAGUUCAAAAUUUCUGAUGGUCAUCGCAUUUAUUCCCAGAUAGAGAGGAGAGAGCGAAAAAGAGAAAGGCCUUUUCCUCUCAGACUCUGAACAAUGGAGGGUCUGCCCCGUGGUUACCGUCCCAACGUUGGUGUUUGCCUCAUUAACUCCGAUGAUCAGGUUUUUGUGGCAUCGAGAUUGAAUGUCCCUGGAGCAUGGCAGAUGCCUCAGGGAGGAAUUGAAGAGGGUGAAGAACCAAAAUUGGCAGCUAUUAGGGAGUUGCGAGAAGAAACCGGGAUAGUAUCAGCUGAAUUCAUUGCUGAGGUGCCAAAUUGGUUGACUUACGACUUCCCUCCAGCGGUGAAGGCCAAAGUCAAUCGUCUCUGGGGAGGUGAAUGGCAUGGACAGGCUCAGAAGUGGUUUCUCAUGAGAUUAACAAAAGAUGAGAGUGAAGUCAACUUAGCUAAUGGGGAAGCGGAUCCAGAAUUUGCAGAGUGGAAAUGGGCGACCCCCGAAGAAGUUAUCGAGCAGGCAGUGGACUACAAGAGGCCAACAUAUGAGGAAGUUAUGAGAACCUUCAAGCCUUACUUCAACAGAAAUGAACAAUCCGCGAGAUGUAGAUCGAGUAAAUGGUGAAUGUUGUGACUCUUCUUGUGCUUGUAGUUAUAUGUGUCCGUGUUGUUAGCUUGUUUUCUACCCAUUUUAUUUGGUCUCAGUGGUGCUCAGCUUCUUUGUAAAUGGUUAUGGUGAUCAAACUUCAAGUUAGAUGUUUGCUUUCUUUUGAGCCUUAUCACAAUAAAAUCCUUUUUUUUUUCAAAUCAAUUGGUUUGUUUCAUUUGAAUAACAAUUACGAAUUGUUAGUGUCGUUC